AAUUUUUAUCGCCGUCCACAUGGGUCGCCUACACAGUAAGGGGAAGGGCAUCUCGCGAUCGGCGAAGCCUUAUAAACGUACGCCACCACAGUGGUUGAAGACAUCGUCAGGCGACGUGGAAGAGCAUGUGUGUAAGCUCGCGAAGAAAGGUUUAACACCAUCCCAGAUUGGCGUUAUCCUCCGCGAUUCGAGCGGGAUCCCCGCGGUUAAGUCUGUCACUGGUUCCAAAAUUCUGCGUUUGUUGAAGAAGAAUGGCCUGGCGCCGGAAAUCCCUGAGGACCUCUACAUGCUUAUCAAGAAGGCGGUGUCUGUCCGGAAGCACAUGGAGCGCAAUCGCUCGGACAAGGAUUCUAAGUUCCGCCUCAUUCUCAUCGAAUCCCGGAUCCACCGCCUCGCGCGCUACUAUCGUUCUACGCGGAAGCUUAACGCCUCCUGGAAGUAUGAGAGUGCCACCGCAUCGGCUCUUGUUGCGUGAGCAUCGAGGCCUCGCAGGUUCAGGCUAGCACCAGGCCACAAAGUGCGGGACCGCGGCAUUCGCCAAGCAGAGCCACCAUCAUCAAUGGUGCUGGGUUUCCCGGGGUUUGAAGACACGCACCAGCGAUACGCACCUAGCCUAAUAUCAGACUAAGGGGUGACUCCCAG